CAGAAGUCCAAAUCCAGACGCAUGCUCGGAUGAAAUGCGCAAACACUGAUGCACUCUUGGAGACGGCAGCGUUUCUCUUUUUAUUUCUCGCGCUUGAGCUGUGGUUUUAGUCUGUUAGAUCCAGCCCUUCACCGGCGAUCUCACCUGACCUCCCCCAUUUCUCCACGAUUCACUCUCCCUGUAACAGCAUCUCCCGUUUGAAUCGACUUGGUAGUGCAUAAUUGAUUAACACUCGGUUUCGUAGCUCAGCUUCCCCACACCUUGGCUGCAGAAUUACCAGGUUAGGUAGGAAAGCUGUGGAAACUAGGAGGCAGUGGCAACAAGUAAAGGUGAUAUUGGUGGAAUUAUGGAAAGUCGUGAAGGAGAUCCUUCUAAACCUGAGGAGCAGUUCUCAGACAGGAAUCAGCACAAUUAUGGAAGCUAUGGAAAUCUUGUUUUACAAAAUGGCUUAUCUGAUGACAACCAUUUUCAAGUUGAUCCUGAUGAUCAGCUUCUACAAUUGGCUUUUGAACUUAGAUUUCAGAAUGAUAUUUUAAAGUCUCAGUUUGAGGGCUUUAACAGUCUCAACAGUGUACAUAGUGACUAUAGUGUGGGGGAAAAAGUUAGUGGCCCAGAAGAAGUUAAAUCUGAUGUCAUUGAAGAAUUGCAGGGAAGGAUACAAGCAUUAAAUAAAGAACUUACAGAUGAAAAGCAUACGAGAGGUGCAGCUGAAGAGGCUCUAAAGCAUCUUCAAUUGGCAUACUCAGACACGGAUGCAAAAGCUCAAGAGCUGUCUGAAAAGCUUGCUGAAGCUGAAAAGAAGCUGGAUCAAGAAAUAAAAGAGCGUGAAGAAAAGUAUACUGAACUUGAUACAAAGUUUAACAGGCUUCACAAACGAGCAAAGCAGCGGAUUCAGGAGGUUCAGAAGGAAAAAGAUGAUCUUGAGGUCCAAUUGCGUGAGGUGAAUGAAAAGGCUGAGCAAGCAUCAUCCCAGCAAUCAUCAUUGCAGCAAGAGAUAGAGCGCACAAGGCAGCAAGCAAAUGAGGCAUUGAAGGCCAUGGAUGGGGACAGACAGCAACUAAGAAGUGCAAAUAACAAACUUCGUGAUACCAUUGAGGAUUUGAGGCGUUCAUUGCAACCAAAGGAGAGUGCCCUUGAAGCAUUGCAACAGUCACUUGCAGAAAAGGAACAGAUGAUAGAAGAUAUGAGAGGUUUGCUUCAGGCAGCUGAUGAAAAGAAGCAAGCUGCACUGGCUGAGCUUUCAGCUAAACAUCAGAAGAGUAUGGAGAGUUUGGAAGCUCAACUUAAUGAUGCUAUAUCUGAUAGAAAUAAAGCAGCUGAAACUAUUUCCUCACUGCAG